AUGGAAAUCGUUAACAACGCUUUAGUGGUCAUAAGCGCAGGGCCUAACGACUUCAUCUUGAACUUUUACGAUAUCCCCACGAGGCGUCUCGAGUAUCCUGAUAUCUAUAGUUACCAAGAUUUUGUCCUCAAAGGGGUUGACGGUUUUGUCCGGGAACUUUAUAGUUUAGAGAACAAAGAAUCUGUCGUGUACAAUCAGAAACUACCUGAGAUCGAAGCCUCUCUACCAGGAAGCAAGUUCCUUUACGCCAACGUCUAUGACCCUGUGAUGGACAUGAUCCAAAACCCUAGCAAGUAUGGGUUCAAGGAGACGAAGAAAGGAUGUUGCAGAACAGGUUACUUGGAAACGAGCUUCAUGUGCAAUGUUCUUUCAAAUACAUGUCCGAAUCAUUCGGAUCACUUGUUUUGGGACUCAAUUCAUCCCUCGGAAGCUGCUUACAAGUAUCUUGGCAACUUUGUGGAUGCUCAGAUUCGAGAGUGGCUUAAGGCUUAA